AUGGCUCCCACCGGCGGUGGUGCAGCAAAUGGAGGAGGGGGAGGGGGCGGAAAUAUCAAGGUCGUUGUCCGUGUGCGACCGUUCAACAACCGCGAAAGAGACCGCAAUGCGAAAUGCAUAGUUCAGAUGCGGGACGACCAGACAAUCCUGCAUCAUCCAGGUGAAGCCGAAGAUCGAUUGCGCAAGGGCGGCAAAAGCGGUGCGGAUCACCAAAAGACAUUCAAGUUUGACAAGUCAUACUGGUCAUUUAACAAGGCAGACCCCAACUAUGCUGGUCAAGAGCAUCUCUUCGGCGACUUGGGGGUCCCAUUGCUGGACAAUGCGUUCCAAGGCUACAACAAUUGCAUAUUUGCCUACGGUCAGACGGGCUCCGGGAAGUCAUAUAGUAUGAUGGGCUACGGUGAGGAGGCUGGUGUCAUCCCGAGAAUCUGUCGAGAAAUGUUCGAGAGAAUCAAUGGCUUGCAAUCAGAUCCGAACCUCACUUGCACCGUUGAAGUCUCAUACCUCGAGAUAUACAAUGAGCGCGUGCGUGACUUGUUGAACCCGACCACCAAAGGCAACCUCCGAGUCAGAGAACAUCCUUCCACUGGGCCCUAUGUCGAGGAUUUGGCCAAGCUCGCCGUCCGUUCUUUUCGCGAGAUCGAAAACUUGAUGGAUGAAGGAAACAAGGCGCGAACGGUUGCAGCAACGAACAUGAACGAAACUUCCAGCCGAUCACAUGCAGUCUUUACCUUGACCUUGACGCAGAAACGACAUGAUACGGAGACAUCCAUGGAUACGGAGAAAGUUGCUAAGAUCAGUCUAGUUGAUUUGGCAGGUUCCGAACGUGCAACGUCAACAGGAGCCACAGGUGCCCGUCUGAAAGAAGGCGCAGAGAUCAAUCGAUCACUUUCCACUCUAGGGCGGGUCAUUGCAACCUUAGCGGAUCUUUCAUCGGGAAAGAAAGGUUUGAAAGUGCCCUAUCGCGAUUCGGUACUCACCUGGCUUCUUAAAGAUUCUCUCGGAGGUAACAGCAUGACUGCCAUGAUUGCUGCAAUAUCACCGGCGGACAUCAACUUCGAAGAAACCUUGAGCACUCUCAGAUACGCGGACUCGGCCAAGAGGAUCAAGAAUCAUGCUGUGAUCAACGAGGAUCCAAAUGCGCGAAUGAUUCGUGAACUCAAAGAAGAACUUGCAAAGCUACGAAGCCAGCUUGGAGGAGCCACUUCCGCGGGCGCCGAAGAAACAUACUCUCCAGACACGCCCCUGGAUAAACAGUUGGUUUCCAUUGUGCAGGCAGACGGAUCCAUCAAACGAGUCAGCAAGGCCGAAAUCAUGGAUCAGUUGAGUCAAAGCGAGAAACUGUACACAGACCUCAACCAGACAUGGGAGCAGAAGUUGCAAAAGACUGAACAGAUCCAUAAAGAAAGAGAAGCUGCUCUCGAAGAGCUGGGGAUCAGUAUCGAGAAAGGCAACGUGGGAAUGAGCACGCCGAAGAAGAUGCCUCACCUUGUUAAUCUCAGCGAUGACCCGCUUCUUGCGGAAUGCCUUGUUUAUAACCUCAAACCUGGCAUCACCACCGUGGGAAACGUGGACUCGCCGGAAGCGUCCGAGAUCAGGUUGAACGGCUCCAAGAUCCUCGAGCAUCAUUGCACAUUGGAAAAUGUCGAUAAUGUGGUAACCAUCUUCCCUAAUGACGGGGCCGCGGUCAUGGUCAAUGGCGUCCGGGUUGAUAGUCCCCGGAGAUUGAGGAGUGGCAAUCGUAUAAUCUUAGGCGACUUCCACAUCUUCAGGUUUAACAAUCCCCUGGAGGCCAAAGCGGAACGAGCUGAAAGAAGCUUGCUGCGACACUCAGUCACGGCGAGCCAGUUGAACUCUCCUACACCACUACGCCCCAGCCAUGAAAGGACCUGGAGUGCGGCGGGAUCUGAAUUCGAUGACUCGAGCGGAGCUCAGUCUCCGGGCCUGAGUAACCGGGAUUCUGAUUGGACUUUUGCCCGGCGAGAAGCUGCAGGCGCCCUACUCGGAUCCGAUCCUAAGAUCAUGCAGCUGACAGAUGAAGAGCUUGACAAUCUCUUCGAGAACAUCCAGCGAGCACGGGAGGAGCGCCGAGGACGUCCGGAGCACAAAGUGCAUGAGAACGAUGACGACUCUGAUGAUCUGAGCUCCUUCCUGGUGAGGGACAAGUACAUGUCCAAUGGCACUAUUGGAGAGUUCUCUCUUGAUACCGCUCUCACAUCACCCGGCACACCCUCCACGCAAGGUGGCUUCCAGGAAGAUCUGGACGCAACUCUGACACCAAGUCGAUUCGUACAAGGUGAUCAGCGGCAAUAUCCGUCAAAAGCUCAAGACACGGGUGAAGCUACCGACCCUUCGCCCAGGGAGGAUGAUAAUGAAGCCCACCCAACUCCGAUGGAGCAGGAACUUGAGCGCGCUAGACAAGAAUUCCAAGAGCAGCUGCAAAAGCAAAAGGAUGCUUAUGAAGCCCAGAUCAAGAAGCUGGAUCUUGAGGUCAGGACACGGGAAGCUUCGCGUAGUCGGUCGGGGUUUUCGCCUCUUGAUCCCUCCGAGAUUGCUGUCGCACGAAACGUUCUGGAAAAGUGGCGACAAAAGAACUAUAUCCUCCUGGCGGAGACUGUCCUUCAAAGUGCCGCCCUGCUCAAGGAGGCACAAAUCAUGAGCAAGCUGCUGGACCAGGCCAUCAAUUUCCAGUUCGCGAUUCUGGAAGUUGGGCAGGACCGUGGCUCAUCUUACGAUCUGAUCCUUGCCGAUAUUUCAGGCGAUGACGACGAUGCUCUAGCCAAUGCACGAAAGCCGUGCCUUGCGACGAGGAUUAUUGACAACCAACACAGUUGCGUGCGCUUUUGGUCUCUGGAAAAGCUGCGAUCAAGAGUGGCCAAGAUGCGGCAAAUGCACCAGUACAAAGACCAGCCGGAGUAUCUACAACACUUUCGCAUGGACAACCCCUUCCGGGACUCCGACCAGCCUCUGUUCUCCUUGGUGGGAGAUGGCAAUAUCCCUCUCACGGCGGUGUUUGAAACGCGUGUCCAAGAUUUCGUGGUGGAAAUAUGCUCUCCUUCGACCAGACAAAUUGUUGGAAAGGUUAGAAUGUCACUAGAACCUUCGCUGGCCGAGGCGCCUCCAUCAACCAUCAAGUUCAACAUUAUCAUGAGAGACCUUGUUGGUUUUGCGGAGCAUGAAGGUACCCAAGUCCACGCUCAAAUGAUGGUUCUGGGAACUUCAGACGAGAGCGUUGCAACCACUCCGCCCAUCCAUGGCUUUGGCGACGGCCCAGUGCGGUUCGAAAGUAUCCAUAACAUGAGCGUGCCUCGAUCCGGCGAGCGAUCGGCCACAUUGAAAACUGCCAUUUUUGCUCAAGUUAGUUCCACCCAUCUGGAUAAGCUCCUAAGUUGGGAUGAGCUCCGCGAGAUGAAUGAGCAACCUGCCGAACAGCAAGAGACACAUCGGCUUCCCGAGACGGAGUAUAAUGUGGAAGAACACCAUGAUGUUUUUGCGAAGGUGCAAAUACUGGAGCUGGCCGAAAACGGUCAAUACUUGCCCGUCGACGUCGUGCACACCAGCGCCAAUGAUAAAGGAGCGUUUCAGCUGCACCAAGGGCUUCAACGCCGGAUUCUUGUGACAUUGACCCAUAGUUUGACGGAGGGUCUCCCAUGGGAUGACAUCAAGGCGUUCCGUGUGGGAGAAGUUCACCUGGUCGAUUCUUCUGGUCGGAUUGCUGACAUUGGAUCCGUGACGCCGGACAUCCCGCUCAAACAGAUCCAGGAACCAAUGAUCAAGGACAAUGCUGACGGCACGUCCAAUAUCACCAUUAUCGGACAAUGGGACAGCUCCCUUCACAAAUCUUUACUGCUUGAUCGAGCGACCAACGAGCAAUGCAGAAUUCAGAUUGCGCUUCGUUGGGAUGUCGUUUCGCGGCGCCUGGAACAGCCAAUGACAUUCUCGGUUGACCAACAAGCUCAGAUCCUUCCAAGGACAUACGUGCGGCCCCAGUCGAUGUUCAAAACACUUUGGAGCCAUAGCUGGAUCACGCAGGCCACGGACGGUCUCUUUUCGAUCGUAGUGCGACCUGUCAGCGCCAGAAGAGCGGCUGAUCUCUGGCGGUUAGACACCUCGAAGAACUAUAUCAACGGACAGGAGCUCCUGGGCAAUUGGAAACCCCGGGGCAUCUCUCUCGUCAAAGAUUACCUGGUGGCCCGCCGGAAAGGCCAACAGCUGCAGGAUAUCGAGUCUGCUAAAGCCAUCCUAGGACUGCGACAAGUGAGUGUGGGUGUGAGGAAGCGUCGAUCGCAAGCGGCAUCGUCUCCACACGUGAUGCUAGAUGCGCGAGAAGAACAACUCCUCCGGAAGUUCGUCGCUAUAUGGAAGAAACCCAGCAUUGACCUUUCCAACCCUAUCUUUGCGGACGGUACGCAGGCCCGUGACGCCACGUCAGCGGCAUCGGAUGUGGCCAGGUCAUCGAUUUUGCCGUCCACAGAUCCGACUGCAGGUCGCAAAACCCGUUACAUGGCUACAGUGACCAACACGCCGAAGAAUCCGACAUCUCUCAAGUCAGGGUAUUUGCUCAUGCCCUCGGAGAACCAUGAUCCGGCACAGAGCCACGGCAUGCAGUGGAAACGCCGGUUUGUGGAUCUCCGGCCGCCAUAUCUGUACAUUCACUCGGUCCCGGACGGCGAGGGAAUCAAUGCGAUCAGCUUGACCCAUGCAAGAAUUGACCAUGACCCUGACUUCAAACGUUUGUUGGGUAGUGGCAGCUCGGUCUCCAGCGGCGAUUCAGGAGGGGCUGCAUGCGGCCAUAGGAGGGUGGGUAGUUCCGAACUGCACGGGCUGACGCACGUUUUUGCUGUGUAUGGGGAACAAAACACCUUUCUUUUUGCGGCGAGGAGUGAGAGUCAGAAAGUGGAAUGGAUCCUCAAGAUCGAUCAAAGCUACUUUGAUGCAGGCCCUGAGGACGACAUAUGA